CAACUUUCAUAAAACGUACGCACAUUAAGUAAACGCACAGGAAUGACAACUGCAACUAAAAAGACUUUUGGAUCAGUUGGUUGUGUACACAGUGCCGAUAAUCAUGAAGAUGUGAAAUUAUGUUCCAUUGAGGCUAAAGCUGCCAUAGCUGAAGUGGGGUUUGGUGUGAAAGAAAUAUGCUUAGCAUCCGAUUCUCUUCCAUUUACGGACACAUUAGCGUACUUGAAUCUAACUACAUUGGAGGGGGAGAAAAUGUGUGUUGAAAUUAGUGUCAAAGGAUUUUGUCCCGUUGGUUCGUCUUAUGAUGAAGUCAGAAAACAGUCAGUUGAUGAUUCCUAUUCUGAUAUACACUCUGUAGACUAUGGAGAUUAUUAUGAAACAAUCUACGCUCUGUUAUCUGUUCGAAGCCCAUUAUUUCGACAUAGCUUUUCAGAAAAGUUAAGUAAUCGACUCCAGGAAUUGAAUGAGAAACAGACCGAAACUACUACUUGUGAGGAUAGUAAACAAUACAUUAAGUUGUAAUCAAGGAAGUGGAUGCUUACAAUGAAAGCAAACAAAGAAUUGCUAUUGUUCUGGAUUUGUGUGUUUUUCACGUCAUAUAUGUCAAAACGAAUUAAAUGUCGUGAAAUUUGCAACUUUUGGAAUUGUCUUAUGAAGAAUUAUUGUUUGCAUUUUAAUUGUAUAAUUAUUAUAAACUUAAAUUAUUAUAAUCUUAUAUUGCCAUAUUUACUAGCUUUCGUUUGUUGUAUAAAUUGUUGUUCUACUGUAUUGUUAAUUAAUUACUGACUUAUUACUUAGUUUUUCUGUCACUUUUGGCGUAAUUAUGCUCAUAUUGUAUUUUCCCAUUUAUAAAAAGAGGAAGAUAAUAAAGAAAAUUAAUGUGUAUGAAAUUUGCUAUUUAUGUUGGUGUGCUUUAUUGUAUGAACUUUGAGUCAUAUGGAUAACUGUAAAAUAUAGAGAUAAGUGCU